AUGAGGGUCCCGCGGAGCCCGGCGCGGCUCGCCCUGCUCUGGCUGGUGGCCGCGCUGGCCGCCGGCUCGCUGCCGCGGGAGCCCGAGCCGGGAUCCAGCCCGGCCCCCGGCGGGGAGCCCGGAGCGGCGCUGCCGGCCACUCGCCCUGCCCCCGGCGCGGCGGAGGGGAACGAGCUCAGCCCCGAGGCCACCGCUCACCAGCCCACCUUCGCCGCCACGCUGCUGCGCCCCGGUAGCCCCCAGCCCAGCGCCGCCGCGGGGCACCCGGACGGGGCGAGCCCAGCGCCGCCGGGUGCUGAGCCCAGCCCCGGCACCGCAGCCUCGCCAGCCGCGGCAGGGUCUCCCCUGCCAAGCCAACGGGCCCCGCGCCCCGACGGCACCAGCGCCGGCCUCCCCGCUGCAGUCCCUUCCCCACCUGCCGAGGAGGAGGAGGAGGAGGACGUGGCCGCCGGCGGCAGCAGCAGCAAAGACUAUCUGUGUAACUGCAGUGCUCUUGGGAGUGCAAGUGUGAAUGAGUGCAAUACUUCAACAGGACAGUGCGAGUGUCACAAAGGCUACACUGGUCUGCGGUGUGAAAAUUGCGAGGAGGGAUAUCUCCUGAACCAAACCAGUGGGCUCUGCCUUCCGUGUGGCUGCAGUUCCAAAGGCUCUGUCAACUCCCUUUGUGACAACUUUGGAAAAUGCCAGUGUAAAGUUGGGGUAACCGGCUUCAAGUGUGACCAGUGCCGCGAGGGAUACUACUGGGUCAACCAAACCAGCUGUGAACCAUGCCAGUGCAAUAACUAUUCCAACAGCUGCGAUGUCUUAACAGGCACCUGUUUGAACUGCCAAGGAAAUACAGAAGGAAGCCACUGUGAAAAAUGUAAGGUGGGCUUCUUUAGAAGCAUCCUCCCAAGCCACGAUUGUAACCGCUGCCCAUGUUCAACAGUGGCAUCUACUGGCAGUUGCCAAAUAAAACCUGGUCAACACGCUCCAACGUGUGACAGAUGCAAAGCCGGAUACACAGGCCCGAACUGCGACCAGUGUGACAAUGGCUAUUACAAUUCCGACAGCAUCUGCAUUAGAUGUAAAUGUAACGGGAAUGUAGCCCCAGAGCAGUCACCCAAGGUGUGCAAGCCAGACACAGGGGAAUGCAUUGGCUGCCUCCACAACACGGCCGGGUUCCAUUGCGAGGAGUGUCAGGAAGGUUAUGUCAGAGACCCGGAGGGAGCCAACUGCACCAAGAAAGAAGUCAUUCCUGGUCCUGAACCUAGAGGGUUUAUAACUGCUGCUCCCAACACCAGCAGGACAACAUCAUUUUCAACUACGGUGAUAAACAGUACGUUAGCGCCAACAACUGUGCAGACUAUAUUUCCUGUCAACUCCUCUGACAAUAGUACCUCUGCAUUGGCAGACGUCUCCUGGACUCAAUUUAACAUAAUUAUUUUGACAGUUAUUAUUAUUGUUGUGGUCCUAUUGAUGGGAUUUGUGGGUGCUGUCUACAUGUACCGUGAAUAUCAAAACAGAAAACUUAAUGCUCCUUUUUGGACCAUUGAGCUCAAGGAGGACAACAUUAGUUUUAGCAGCUACCAUGACAGCAUACCCAACGCUGAUGUUUCAGGCUUACUGGAGGAAGACGGAAAUGAAGUGGCACCAAAUGGACAGCUGACGCUGACAACUCCCAUGCAUAACUAUAAAGCUUAA